UUAUGCUAUAAUCUUUAAUUCGCUUUUCUUUUAGUAAAUUUGUUCCCUCCAAGGUGACUUGUUGGAAUUGUAAAUCAAAUGAGUUUAUUAACAGAUUUAUUUGUGGCUAAUGCAAAUAUUUAAAAGAGCCUUCUCUUUAAUUAUAAGAAGUUAAUUACUUUGAGCUUUUUGAUUUGCCAAUAAACAUUAAUUUAGAAACCAAAUAUUUAGAAGACAAAUAUAGAUCAUUAUAACUAAAAUUUCAUCCUGAUCGAUUUGUAACUAUGCCUCCAAUCAAUAUUUCAUAUAGUCAAGAAUAUUCAGCAUUUAUUAAUGAAGCUUAUUCAGUGUUGAAAAAUAUCCAUGAAAGAGCAGAAUAUAUUGUAUUUAUAUUUUGUAAUUAGUUUAGUUGUCUCUUAAAGGCUUUUAAAUUAAAGAAUGUAGUGUUUUGUUAGACUUAGAAUUUAUGGAGGAAAUAUUAGAAUUGCAAUCUCAAGUUUAAAGAAGAGAAAAUAUAUCCUAAAUUAAUCAAAAAAAUAAUUAAGAAAUUGAAAAAAUGACAAAAUAAAUUAUUUCAGAUAUCUCCAAUGAAUAAUACGAAAAAGCCUACGAAAUUAUUCUAUAUUUAAAAUAUAGGCAAAGAUUAAGGGAUUAAAUUUUAAUACAUAUCUGAAAUUUAUGCUCGUUUAUAG